AUGAAGUUCCUGUCAAGUGCAUCGAUUAUUGCUGUCGCUGCCGGCGUAACCAACGCUCAGCGCCCUCAAGAUCCCAACAGCCAUAUCCCCUUUCUCGUCCAAAAAUUCACGGCCAGAGGAAUUCCGCACUCGAACAACGGACUCAUCGAUUUCCAUUGGUCGUUGCCAAAUGGGCAGAGCCAAACACAAUGCAAUGCCUCUCCAGCAGUCUAUUUAAAAUUCCCAACUGUGGCCAUGACUCCAUGUGCCCACCCUAGUACGUCUUUCAGCCUCGAAAAGUCGGCUGACGGCGGUGCAAUCCUCAAAAUACAGCACGAGAUGUCAUCAGGAAAGAUUGCGGUAGCGGAGCAUCCGAUCAAGAAGGAGGAGAUCAAGGAGGAAGGCAAUGUUAACCCGGGUGGAAUCGUCGAGGUCUAUUCGGGCCCGGCAGACUUCCAGCUCAUGGCUACGUACUAG